AUGGAGUCGUCGCCGAUCAAUCUCCUUCCGCCGGACUCUCUCCACCAGAUCUUCUCCUCUCUCCCUCUCCGCCAGAUCAUGAUCUGCAGAUCCGUCUGCAAGUUCUUCAACCAGUUGUUGACCUCUCAGUGCUUCACGGAGAUCAUUUCCACUCGCCCGCCGUUGAAUCUCCUCGCUCUCCGUCCUCCUCACCACCACAGCCAUCGCCACGGAGGCAACCAAACCGCCAACAACAACAACAUCCGACCGUACAUCCACGUAUACGAUCCGGAAGAGAAUCAAUGGUUCAGAUUCAAUCUCGAUUUCCUCCCUUUCCGAUCGCCGCAGCCCGUAGCGUCGUCAAGCGGAUUGAUCUACCUCUGGGGAGACUCAAUCGACUCGUCCGAGUCGAGCAAAUCGCUCGUCGCCUGUAACCCACUCACCCGCCAGUUCAAGGUCUUACCUCAGCUCGGCUCCGCCUGGUCGCGCCACGGCACCGUCCUCGUCGAUUCGGCGAAUCGAGUCAUGGUCCUCACGGAGCUCGCGGCGCUGUAUUACUCCGGCGUUGUGAUCGCUAACCAGUGGCUGAAAUUCUCGUCGAAUCUCCCGUCGAAACCUAGAAGCCCUGUUUUAAUGUCGAGCUCUGUUUUCGCGCUCUGCGACGUCGGAUCUCCGUGGAGAUCCCAGUGGAAGCUCUUCUCCUGCAAAUUGACGAAUUUGACGAUCACUCACACGAAUUGGAAAUGCCUGGAGAGGCACGAGUGGGGAGAUAUCUUCGACAUUAUAAAACGACCGCGUUUGCUGCGUGGAGGCUGCGAUUCGAAGCUUCUGAUGAUCGGGGGGUUGAAGUCGACGUUCUCGUUGAACCCGGCGUGUUCGACGAUUCUGAUACUGAGGCUUGAUUUGGAGAGCUUGGAGUGGGAGGAAGCUGGGAGGAUGCCGCUUGACAUGUACAGGGGGUUUCAGGAGUCGAGCAAGUUUAAGGUUUUUGGAGGUGGGGAUAGGGUUUACUUCUCUGCUAAGAGGAUGGGGAAGCUUGCGAUGUGGGAUUUUUGGGAAGGGUGGAGAUGGAUUGAUGGUGUUCCUGGUUAUGGUGAUGGGUUGUGUCGUGGGUUUGUGUUUGAUGCUAAGCUUACUAUGAUGAUGCCAUGA